AUGAGUCGCGACGAGUGUCCAAUUUGUCUGGAACAACUGGACGAAACUAGAGCUUGUUUGGUAGAAUGUGGCCAUGCAUACCACUUCGAAUGCAUCAGGAAAUGGCACCAGCAAUCACAAGAUCUAAAGUGCCCUACGUGCCGUAGAGAGUCGCGAUAUUUGAAGCAGAUAGUUUCAAAUGUAGUAGUGGACAUUGAGAAGUACUUUAGUGCAAAUCGGGUCAUUUCCGAGGUUGUCGAAGGGCUAAGUGGCUUGACACUUGGAUCGGAAGAAGACCGUAGACAAAGCUGGACUUUGCGGUCAAUGGAAUGCGGAAUUUGUGGAGCUCUCAACUCGGAUAUCGAUCAUCAUUGCACUGUUUGCCAUACCGCAUUUCAUGAGCGCUGUUUGCGAAUAUUGCAGGUGGAGGUAGGCGAUUUCUGCAGCGGCUUGUUCUGUUGCAAUUGCCACCAGGCUUUCCUAAACUCUGGCCAGGAUAUUAGUGUCCGAGGUGAAACUAUCCAGGCUCUGGUUCUGCCACACGCACGAACUCAGGUGGCUUUACAAGCUGCAUCCAGCAGGAAUAGAUCUGAGUUAGAUGAGUCAUGGAUGUUGUUAUCACAGUUACGAACGGAAGUACAGGUGCAGGCCAUCGCAGACCACAAAAGAAGCAUACAAAAUCAUGUUCGAAGAGCUUUGCACUCUCAUUACGAAGAGGUUUCCUCUGGCUGUAAGGCAAUCGACAAAAAACAGUUUACGGAUAUUAAUAAGACCGUGUCACGGAGGCUUUAUCGAAUGUCUGGUUACAGAUAUUGCCCCCAUGCUAUUAACUACGACGACGAAGCUCAAGUUCUGAUUCGAGAAGAGCUGUCUAGACUUUGCACGGGAACGUGA